AUGGCCAAGAUCAAGUCCAUCGAGCAUUUCCGUGUCAAGCCUCGUUGGCUGUUUGUUAAAGUCACCGAUGAUGAAGGGAACUUCGGUUGGGGAGAAGGCACACUGGAAGGACACUCUCUUGCAGUUGAAGGCGCGUUAGAUGAAAUUAUCACCCGCAUUAUCGGAUACGAAGCGGAUGACAUUCAACACAUUUGGCAGACAGUAUGGCGGCUUGGAUUCUAUAGAGGCGGGCCGGUGUUUAUGUCGGCUCUAUCGGGGAUUGACAUCGCUUUGUGGGAUCUGAAGGGUCGAAAGCUGGGUGUCCCCGUGCACCAGCUUCUGGGGGGAAGGUUCGCCAGAAGGCUCAGGUUUAUGCCUGGAUUGGAGGUGAUCGACCAAGUGAUGUUGAGGCCGCGGCGUGAGUUCCGGAAAGAAAGAAUCGCCCAAGGCCUCAAGUGCAUCAAGAUGAACGCCACCGAAGAUGUCAACUGGCUCGACUCGCCCGCUGUUUUAGAGUCCUGUGUGGAGCGAUUGAAGCAGGUGAAGGCUCUGGGCCUUGAUGCCGGUCUAGACUUCCACGGUCGCUUGCACAGACCUAUGGCUAAGCAACUAGCCAAGGCACUGGAGCCUUACCACCCUCUGUUUAUCGAAGAGCCUCUACUAUGCGAACACCCCGAAGCGAUCAAGCAACUUUCUGAGCAGACUACAAUUCCUAUCGCAUUUGGCGAGCGGUUAUACUCCAGAUGGGACAUUAAGAGGUUCUUAGAGGAUUCGUCGGUAGAUAUCCUACAGCCCGAUAUUGCCCACGCAGGAGGUAUCUCAGAAACUAUGCGCAUAGCAAAUAUGGCUGAAGCCUACGAUGUUGCUAUCGCGCCUCACUGUCCUCUGGGUCCGAUCGCCUUGGCAGCAUCACUGCAAGUGGCGGUAUCGAUACCCAAUUUUGUCAUUCAAGAAAUGUCACUGGGCAUGCACUACAAUGUUGAAGCUGGAGAUAUCGACUUGAACAGCUACUUGGUGGAUAAGACGGUCUUUGAUAUCAAGGAGGGAUAUGUGGCUGCCCCCAGUAAGCCGGGCUUGGGAAUUGAUAUUGAUGAAGACUUGGUACGGAAAAUCAGCAAGGAGACAGAGCCUUGGCAGCCCAAGGAGUUCUAUGGACCGGAUGGCUCCAUUCGAGAGUGGUAA